AUGGCAAGCCUACGAAAAACCCACCCCCUACUCAAGAUCGCUAACGACGCAGUAGUAGACCUCCCAGCACCAUCCAACAUUUCAGUCUGAUGAAAUUUUGGAUCCCUUUUAGGACUAUGCUUGGCCACACAAAUCCUUACAGGACUUUUCCUAGCCAUACACUACACCUCAGACAUCGCUACCGCUUUCUCGUCAGUGGCCCACAUUUGUCGAGACGUAAAUUACGGAUGACUAAUCCGAAAUAUGCAUGCAAACGGAGCCUCAUUCUUCUUCAUCUGCAUUUAUGCACACAUUGCUCGAGGACUGUACUACGGUUCUUAUCUUUACAUAGAAACUUGAAACAUCGGAGUAGUACUACUUCUUUUAGUUAUGAUGACUGCCUUCGUUGGGUACGUACUUCCCUGAGGACAAAUGUCCUUCUGAGGAGCAACUGUUAUUACUAACCUUAUGUCUGCAGUUCCUUACGUGGGCACUGAAUUAGUGCAGUGAAUUUGAGGAGGCUUUUCGGUCGACAACGCGACUCUUACCCGGUUCUUCGCCUUCCACUUCUUAUUCCCCUUCGUUAUUGCAGGUGUUACUAUCCUUCACCUUUUAUUUUUACACGAAACAGGGUCUAACAACCCAGCAGGGCUCAAUUCUGACGCCGAUAAAAUCGCAUUCCACCCAUACUUCUCUUAUAAAGAUCUCUUAGGAUUCGCAGUAAUGCUGCUGGCGCUAACCUCGCUGGCAUUAUUCUCCCCUAACUUAUUAGGAGACCCUGAUAAUUUUACCCCAGCUAAUCCCCUUGUCACCCCACCUCAUAUUAAGCCUGAGUGAUACUUCCUCUUUGCUUACGCUAUUCUCCGAUCCAUCCCAAACAAACUAGGCGGAGUACUUGCCCUCCUAUUUUCUAUCCUAGUUCUUAUGGUCGUACCUAUCUUGCACACCUCUAAACAACGAGGAAUUACUUUCCGACCCAUUACGCAGUUCCUAUUCUGAACCCUUGUUGCCGACGUCAUCAUUCUUACAUGAAUCGGAGGUAUGCCAGUCGAACACCCAUUCAUUAUUAUUGGUCAAGUAGCAUCGCUACUCUACUUCUCUAUUUUCCUUGUACUAGCUCCCAUGGCAGGAUGAUUAGAGAACAAAGCCCUAAACUGAAACU